CGUGCGCCUCGCCGGCUCACUCUGCUUGCAUUUAUCCAUUCAUUGUACUGCCUGGCCAUCAAUAAAGCUAGAAUAAAGCCACCUAAUUUGUGUAAUAACUCUCACUUUGGCACGCCAGAGGGAACUGAAAAAGCCAUCGACAGGGACACGUUCGGGAGAGCCGGAGAACAGUGUUGUGAAGCCAUGCCCUCAGUGAUGGAGCGCUCGGGGACCGGGGUCCUCUCCAGGAGCAGAGCCAAGACCGUAACCAAUGGCAACAGCCAGGCGCAUUCCGAGGAGGAGAGCAGUGAUGAGGACCAUGCUCAUGACAGCAUGAUCCGAGUGGGAGGAGACUACCAGGCCCAGAUCCCUGAGUUCAAACCAGACAGCCCAGCCCGUUACGAGAAGGACCAGAGGAGCAUGUUAGUCUGGUGUCCCAACAGUCAGCUGUCGGACACAAUGUUGGACGAGUACAUCCUAAUGGCUAAAGAGAAACAUGGCUACAACAUGGAGCAGGCUCUAGGCAUGUUGCUGUGGCACAAGCACGAUGUGGAGCGCUCGCUGGCUGACUUAGCCAACUUCACUCCCUUCCCAGACGAGUGGACAGUGGAGGAUAAAGUGCUGUUUGAACAGGCCUUCAGCUUCCACGGCAAGAGCUUCCACCGCAUCCAGCAGAUGCUUCCAGACAAGCUUAUCUCCAGCCUGGUCAAGUACUACUACGGCUGGAAGAAGACCAGAACUAGGACCUCAGUCAUGGACCGCCAAGCCAGGAGGCUGAUAAGCAAGAGGGAGAAGGAUGACAGCAAUGACGAGUUGGAAGAAGGAGAUCCUGGUAGUGACAGUGACUUUGAGCUUGAUGCCAAGAAGGAGGCCACUAAACAGAACCCCAACAGCGCCGUCUCGGACAAAGUGAUCCCCAGUCGCUCGGGCCCCAUCAAGAAAGAGAACAUCGGGGCCCAGUAUCGCCACCACCCUCUCCGAGCCCGUCGCCGGCCUCCUAAAGGAAUGCACUUGGAUCAGGCCGACAUCACAUCCUUGUCCGCCUCCCACGACUCUGGUGUCAUGACAAUAAGGCAGCUGGACACGCAGUUGGUAUCCCUCAAGCGACAGGUCCAAAGUAUUAAACAAAGCAACAGUAGUUUGAAACAGAGUCUGAAUGAAGGUGUGGACUCUUUCAAACCCACUGAGCCCGGCCCCAAGAUGAACUCUCGCUGGACCACAGAGGAGCAGCUGCUGGCUGUGCAGGCAAUCCGUCGCUAUGGCAAAGACUUUACAGCCAUUGCUGAGGUGAUUGGGAACAAGACGUCGGCUCAGGUGAGCUCAUUCUUCGUGAGCUACCGCCGCAGGUUCAACCUGGACGAGGUGCUGAGGGAGUGGGCUGCCGAACAGGUGGCCACACGAGACCUCAGGAGAACUGGCGAGGAGGUAGCGGCUGCUACAGAUGGAGGAGCAGAGGAGGAAGAUGUCAAGCUGGAGGACUCCUCGCCGGAUGUUGCCGGAAGCUCUCCCCCACUCUCCUCCGUCCAGACCACUUCCUCCCUAUCCCAUCCUCCUCCACUGCUGCGCCCAGCGCCUCCCUCAGCUCCACCCAGCCUUCUCCGCCAGCCACCACCACUGCAGACCCGCCCACUCCAGAACCGGGCACCUCACAACCACCCUCCACCGCCGCUCAUCCGGCCCGCUGUUACCACCUCCUCCUCCUCUGGGAGCUCCGGCCUAAGGGCUUCUCCUCCCGCCUCCUCUGUCGCAUCGCAGAUGCCGCCGUCACUGGUGGGCAUCAAAGUGGAGCAGGCCAACUCACACUGAAAACACACAUCACAUCUUGGCCCUCGAUAUCCGCUCCUAACAAGUGUGUGUAUCAUAGCUGCACUGUCACACCUACCUCCACACCACAGUUAUUCCAUACACACUAAUAGCUAAAAAGUCCGAACCGACCUACCUGCAACCUCCAUCAAAAAGGCACUGGAUUGACAGGCUGCUUAGGAGUAGUGUACCACAGCCCACUCAUCUCCAUUGCAACUACUGGACGAUGCACGGAUUCCCAUUGGUAUGUAAACAGCUUUCAGGGAAUUUAAAGUAGAAGACAAUUGAGUCAAACCUGCUUAAUGUUGAGUUUGAAGUUUGAACAUUGAGGAAACUGGCUUUUGCUUAAAAACUUGAGAAGACAACCCAUCUUAUCAAUUUUGUUACAAUUUUUAAUAGCUUAGGCCAACAUGAAAGGAAAAAGACGAGCAUAGCCAUGUCUUACUUGUAUGAAAUUGAGUAUUUGUUUCUUUUUUUUUUUUAGAUGAUUAAACUCUAGGGUAGCUCAAGUAGUUUAGAUUAUUAUUAUUAUUAUCGUUAUUAUUAUUAUUGACUGAGCACUAAAGAGCCGUUUGUGUGUGAGUCGUGAGUGUUCUUACCUCCUACAAC